CUUCAGACGAUGUGAGCAGGGAUUCCUGCGCAGCCCUCCGCUAAGCAGCUCCGUCCGCGCCUCCAGAGCAACAGAGGCAACUGAGUAAACAUGCAUAGUCUGGAGCCUUUCGUCAGGGGUGUUUGGGGAAAGAAAGAGGAUGAUUCCUGGCUGGAAGGGUGCUUUUGAAAGUGGAAAUUAUUUUAUUAUGUGAAAGGAGGCAACGCUCAGAGGCAAGAAUGGACGACAAGUACACCUCAAAACUGUCCCCAGCUGUUGAUUAUGCAGCAGGCAUUUACCUGGUGAUUAUAGCUGUGCUGUCCAUCCUGGGGAAUGCGGCCGUUCUCAUCACUGCUGCUAAGAGGAAGAGGCUCCUCAAAGCACCUGAGCUGCUCAACGUCAACUUGGCCGUGACAGACAUCGGCAUGGCCCUGAGCAUGUACCCGUUCUCCAUCUCCUCGGCCUUCAACCACGCCUGGAUCGGCGGUGACCCCACCUGCCUUUACUACGGUCUGAUGGGAAUGAUUUUCAGUGUGGCUAGCAUCAUGACUCUGGCCGUCAUGGGACUCGUUAGAUACCUGGUGGCAGGUGCCACCCCCAAAUCAGGUAACAAGUUCCAGCGCAGCACCAUUGGCAUGUACAUCGCCCUCAUCUGGCUCUACGCCCUGAUGUGGGCGGUCUGCCCCCUGCUGGGCUGGGGUGGCUAUGGCCCCGAACCAUAUGGCAUGGCCUGCUCGGUCGACUGGGCCAGCUACCAGAACUCGCUCAACGACUCCACCUUCAUCAUGGCCCUGACCGUGCUGUGCACCAUCCUGCCAUGCCUGGUCAUCGUGUUGUCCUACUCGGGCAUCGCCUGGAAGCUGCACAAGGCCUACCAGACCAUCCAGAACAGCAACCACCUGCCCAACUAUGGCAACGUGGAGCGGAAGGUCAUUCUGAUGGCUGUGUUGAUCAGCUCUGGCUUCUUGGUGGCAUGGACGCCCUACGUGGCCAUCAGUCUUUGGACCAUGUUCCACACCGCAGGCAAGGACAGCGUGACUCCGCUCGUCAGCCUGCUGCCGUGCCUGUUCGCCAAGGGCUCCACCGCCUACAACCCGCUCAUCUACUAUGUCUUUCGGAAGUCCUUCCGCCGUGAGCUGCGCAAUCUCUGCGUGCUGUGUUGCUGCUGCCCGUGCUGCCGCGUCUGUUGCUGCCUGCAGACCGACUUGACCUCUGAUAAAGACGAGGGCGACGGUGGCUAUGACACGGCCAGCAACCUCCGGUGGCGCAACAGCAGUCGGGAUAACCGCAGCGCCGCGCCACUAGUGUCGCACUCCGCAGCUCCCCCUGGCCUCCUCAACCAAGAGCAGAUGAGUUCCUGCUGACCCGACUAGACGGAACUAGAGUAUCCUCCCUGUUUCGUACACACGCUCGCACACACACUCGCACGCAUGCACACACUCACUCACGCACACAUACACACACACACACGCACACAUGCGUACCAACACAUACAUACACACACACACACAGAAUUAGGGAGCAGAUGAGUUCCUGAUCACCAGCUGGGCUAGACUACUGCACCCCCCGUUUCACACACACACACACACACACACACACACACACACACAUACAUACAUACAUACAUACACACACAACAUACACACAAAUUUAGGGAGCAGAUGAGUUCCUGAUCACCAGCAGGACAGAGCUGGGCUAGACUACUGCACCCCCCGUUUCACACACACACACACACACACACACACACACACACACACACACACACACGUUCUGUCGAUAGAAACCAAGUCACACCUCUUUGAUAUACAGAUAUGAAUAUUUUUGUACUGAAUGUAUGUACAGUGUAUGUGUUUGUCAGUUUUUGUGUUUGUAUGGCAGUGUACAACUUUGUGUCAUUGAAGUUCCAUUGUGACAAACAUUUUUUAUUUUAAUUUCCUGAGUUUGAAUUUGUGUAUUUGCUUGUGUGUGUGUGGGAGGUCCAUAUAGCCCGUCUUUUCCAAAAAGUUUUCUCAGAUAGGCCUACCGAUAGCCGGGCUGGCCCUACCGUAGCGAUAAGCGUCAGGGAGGAUGGAUGGCAUGAAGAGGCCAGGAGGGACUGGAAAGGCCAGGUAAAAAAAGAAAGGAAGGCAUUGGAGGAGGAUGUUGCCAAAUGUGCCAAGCUUCCAGAUUUUUUUUUAAGAAGACAGACACUGGCAACUGGUAAGAGAGAUAGCCUAGCCAAUGAUUAGCAACGUAAUUAUUGGGUAAUAUUGGGCGUUAGCGUUAUCAACUUAUUAAAUAAAUUAAAAUAUUAGCCUUUUUGUAUCAUCCAACAUUGCGAUUCUUAGACGUUGCGAAUAUUAUGCAAAUAUUGACAACGAAACCCAAGCUUGAUCUGUGUGUCUGUGUGGCUAUGCAGUGAAAAUUGUAGCCUCUGAGCAGUAGAUCAGCCAGUCCCUGCUGAAAAUGAUGAUGAUGAUGAGCCCGAAAUUAGCGAUGAGGAGGUCAUGAGUGACAAGUAGAGAGGACAAAAGAGUAAACAAUAUGAAUUAAAAUUAUUUAAUGUAAGAAAGAUCAGUAUAUGACAAUGGUAGUCUACAUGAUCAACCUAUAUGCCUUGUUUGCUCAGAAGUGAGUAGUAGAGGAGUACAUCACCAAGCACCAAUAUGAUAGCCUACUCACGCUGAAAAACAUGUAAACAUUAGUUCAAUAUGCCUCUUUGUGGAAGAGUGGAAUACAUUUCAAAUGCUUUAUUUCUUUCUUUUGUUUUUGUUAACUUAUCAACCUAUCCUUGUGGAA